AUGUCUGCGCCAGUUACAAGACAAAUAUCUAUCAACCCUGUACCAGAGAACAACGCUCCCGACGCAUCGCGGUUACAAGUUCCCAGAGAUGAAAAGGAAUCAUCGUCGGAAAAAGAUGCAUCUGGCACAGCAACACCCUAUAGCGGUAGCGAAUCUGGGAGGGAUCCGGAAAAGGUCGGCGAGAUUUCUGAGGACCCCGACCAAGUACGAUCAAUUCAUGGUGUAAAAUGGUUUAUUGUAAUCGCCGCCAUAUUUUCAACGGCUUUUCUUUACGGUCUCGAUAACACCGUUGUUGCGGAUAUUCAACCACAAGUCAUCGAUACAUAUGGAGACCUAACAAAGCUUUCUUGGCUUGGGUCUGGCUUCCCACUGGGCUCUAUUGCAACUUUACUAGUUCUUUCUAAAAUAUAUGGUAUAUUUAAUACCAAGUACCUCUACAUUGCUAGCAUAGUCUUGUUUCUGGGAGGAAGCGCCCUUUGCGGUGGCGCUCCUACGAUUGAGGCUCUCAUUGUGGGUCGUGUAAUUGCUGGUGCCGGUGGACAAGGGAUGUAUCUUGGUCUGUUGAAUUUCCUUGCGACUCUUACAACAAUUCGCGAACGUCCAGUAUACAACGGGCUUGUCGGCCUAGUUUGGGGGCUAGGAACAGUUCUGGGACCCGUAGUUGGCGGCGGUUUCGCAAGUUCCAGUGCAACCUGGAGAUGGGCCUUCUAUAUCAACCUUGUUUUGAUUGGAGCAUUUACUCCAGUUUAUAUCUGGAUUCUGCCCUCUGUGCAACCCGACGAAACAACCUCAGCAAGAGAAAAACUCAAACAACUCGACUAUGUCGGCGCUCUUCUAAGUGCUGGCAUGUGGAGUACUUUCGUCAUGGCUUUCACUUUUGGAGGUGCCCAGUGGGCUUGGGACGAUGGUCGGACCAUAACAAUGUUUGUCGUUUUUGGAGUCCUCCUCAUUGCCUUCGUUCUUCAACAAUACUUUACGAUUUUCACCACACCAGAGAAUCGAGUGUUCCCCGGCCAGUUUCUCCGUCGUCGCUCUUUUGUUCUACUCUAUAUCCUCACUUCUACACCUGCCGCCGGUGUCUUCGUCCCCGCUUACUUCAUCCCACUCUACUUCCAAUUUUCAAAAGGUGAUAGUGCCAUUGAUGCAGCCGUACGAUUACUACCAUUCGUUGUUCUCUUGGUCACAUUCGUCAUGCUUAACGGCUUCCUUAUGCCUGUAUUUGGAUACUACAUGCCAUGGUACGUUUGGGCUGGUGUCUUCAUGCUCAUUGGCGGUAGUCUCAUGCACACAAUCACUCCAAAUACAUCCACCGCAGCCGUCUACGGUUACUCCAUCCUUAUCGCUGUGGGUGCAGGUGCAGCCUCCCAGGUAGCAUACUCAGUCGCCCCAGCUAAAGUUCAACCGCAUGAUGUCCCUUCUGCAAUCGGUUUCAUGAACCAUGCCCAAAUCGGUACUAUCGUCAUUUCCCUAACAAUCUCGGGAACAAUCUUCCAAAAUGUCGCUUUCACAUAUCUUAAAGAUGCUUUAAAGCAAUACAAUUUUCCCGAAGAGGCCAUUCGUGGAGCCAUUGCGGGUACUCGUAGUCAGUUGUUCGGCGAACUGACUGAGGAAGCAAGAGCAAGCGCUAUUGAUGCUAUUGUGCGGGCUAUGGGCCAGGUUUACAUUCUCGUCAUCACGGCUGGCGCUGUAACCCUUGUGACUUCAGUCUUUUUGAAGAGAGAAAAGUUGUUUAUGACAGCUACUGCGGCAUAA